GUUCUAGUAUCACUAGUAAAGAAUGUCUGGUGUUUCCAGAGUGCUUGAAUAUAGAAGUGUUGUCUGUUGCAUGCACCGCGACUGUGUAUGCUGGCUUUUCCAUGCAGGAGAUCGGUUUGUGAGAGAGCAUUGGCAGGAGAAAGAGGAGGAGGAGAAAGAGGAGGAGGGAGGGAAGGUAGAACGGAUCAGAUUUGAGAAGAAGCUUCAGCCGUACCCUCUGGUUCUCACCUCACCGCCAGCAGUCGUAACAGGAGACACUGAGUCACUGACUGAAGACAGCAUCUCCUUCCCCCGGCAGGAGAGCGGUGGGGUUGAUUUCCGUACCCUUGGCAACCAGACGGCGGCUAGGGUCCUGGAGGAGUUGUUUCGUGUGGGCAGUUUGGACAUAUCGAAUCCGUUACUCUUUGACGAUGGUAGCUCGGGAUGGAAAGUGAUCUCAGUUGAAAGGGACGUUGUUAUUCUGAAAAAGAAAGCGCCAGGAACACCGUUUUUUAGUUUCAUGGGACGAGGUGUGAUUGAACUGCCUCCGAGAAAAGUCUAUGACUCCAUUCGAAACCCACAGCUGAGGUUCACCUACGACAAUAUGCUGAAGGAGCUGCAUUUUGUCAAGCACAUUGAGGACGGUCUCUAUAUAUUACACAUCCACCAUGAAACUACGCAGUGCUUCAUAAAACAGUCGAGGGACUUCUGCGUACUGGCCAACGAGAGACAGGAGGGAAACAAGCUACUUCUGGUGGGGCUGUCAGUCGACAUUCCAGAGUGCCCGGUUAACCCCAACAUCACUAGGGCUAAGCUAGCCUUCAGUGGAUGGGUCGUGGAACCUUACAAACAGCUGGACAACAGGACGUGUACAUUGGUGACCUACCUCUUACAGGUCGACCUCGGAGGUAUUCCUGCCACGCUCGUUAAUUACGUCUCCAAGAGGCAGCCCCUGGCAAUUUCCUAUCUCCGUGACUACCUUGUAUCUACAAACCCCCCAGACUAGCUCAUAAUCUAACCGGCUUAUAAAAUAUAAUUUAAUCCCAUUCUCCAAAUUUUUGAGUGAGGAAACUUUUAUAUAAUCAUACCGGCUUAUAAAAUAUAAUUUAAUCCCAUUCCCCAAAUUUUUGAGUUGAAACUUUUAUACGACUUUCAUUUUGAAAAACAUUGAACAAGAAUUACAGUAACACAGAUUUAGACACUUCACACUUUGCCCACUGCUAUAUACAGUCGUUCUCUGAGUGAUAAAAAUUUUAAUGUGCUCAAAAGCAAUAGAUAUUAUAUUGAGUGAUCAAGUUUGAUGUGAAAGCCGAAGACGGACACGAAAUCUCAGACUAGUGACUCCAGUUUCUGGCCUCGGGGUAUGUGGAGUUUAACCCUCCUCUCACCCCAGCGAGGGCUCAUCACGUUGGGCACAACUCCAGCGGCUGCAGCUCUGUUUAGAGUGCUGCCAAAUCGUGUGGUAGGCAUGCGGCGAUCGUAGUCGGUCAGCCCCUGGGGCGAGCGGUAGGACUGUUGGUAGACCGAUCUCCCCGGGCCUCCGGGGGCUCUGCCGGGGGAUGUACCACCACCGCCACCACCGUGAUUGGUUGGUGGGUUGGUCAUCUUGCCACUGGUGAAAUUGACAUUCUCUCUAUGUUCGCACAUCUGCGGCAACCCGUUAGCAACGAUGUUUUCGUCUGGAUUCCAGACCUCAAAUGUCUUUCCAUCUCUGUUGUAUGGGCUCUGAAAGUGGAGGCCGACGGGGUGUGGGUUGUUGCGGCGCGGGGUACCGGCGCGAGCAAGGCGAGAGCCCGCGGACGAGAAAACCGUGGUGGCUGGAUGGACUGGGUGACGGCAAAAGUCCAUCUGAGUCGUAGUGCAGGGAGGCGCCGGGGAAGGCCGGGUCGAGUUGGCCGAGCGAAACGUCGGUCUCGGCGGCGUGGCGGCCAGGCUGGUGUAGCUGGUGGCUCGCUCCAGCGUACCGAAGGCUCUAACGUCGCGUCUGCGUCUACUGCGAGCCGAUCCGGGUGCACUUAGCUCCGAUCUAGCCCCGAGGCUGUCGUCGAAGCCGCGCUCGUCGCCCGCCAGGACCCCGAAGACGGGAUCCAUUCCGCCGCCCGUGGAGAGAGAGGUAGGACUGCGCCCGUCCGCGUCGGGCCAGGGACCCCUUGCCCAACAGCGCAACCUCGUCCAUUCUCGACCUGGCCGGUAGGGAGGACGCAGACUUGCUAGAGUGAUGGAGUUGCUUCUUCUUGCAGGCACCGCCGGACCGCGGAAGAGUCAGACUCUCCCGAUCGGUUAUCGACACCGCAGAUUUAUCAGACGGCUCUACGACCACGACUAACGGGGGAAGAAGAGUCGUCUUCUUGGAGCUAGUCUCGUCCCCAGGGGAGCUGUCGGGAGCAGGACCGGCAGGUGGUUGCUGCGCCGACUUUUCAGGCGUCGGCUUGUCGCAUUUUCCGGUCGUCUUCACGUUGUCCAACUGUGUUUCGCCUGAUACGGAUCCGGUCAUGUUCCUCUACACACUGUUGCGACGAUGUAUGUAGCUGUUCUCUGGCUUGUUGUGAUGACAGUUGUAGCUCUUGCAAGCAUAAA